AUGAAUGACCCCCGUCAUGGCACAGCCGCUGAACCGCUCCGAGACCUGAAGGCUGCAGUGACCGCCAUUACGACUCGCAGCCCUGGCGCGGUUAGUGCGUUUUUUCACUGCGCGUGUACGGUUGGAACUGGCCUGAUCAGGCUUGGCUUGGCCCGUGGUCUCUACGGCUGUCCGCUACGCGGCGCCCUCACGCUGAAGCCGCGCACAUCAGCAGAGGAGGCAGCUGGACGGCAGCGGCAGGUGCCACGUCGCUGUCGGCUACAGCACACGUGUCGCGUGCUGUUCUUCUUCUACCGCUUCUUGUUCGUCUUGCUGUUCUUCGUUUUCGUGACAAGCGAUGAGCAGAUGGAAGGAUGA